UUUAUUUCAUGGUGUUUCUAAUAGCAAUAAACAAACAUAGAAGGAGCUGAAUAUCAUCAACUUUACUAUUAAUGUGACACUUGUUUAUGAGCUUGAUAAACGUUCACAUUUAGAAGAGAAAGGAGUUAAGGAAGUUAUUUAUGUUCAACUGGAGCAUUUAUCUGUAAACAGAGGAGGUGUUCUACGGCUCCACUUAUCAGGUACUUAUAAUGUAGUCCUGAGGUUCCAAGGCAGCUUCACCACCGUUAACACCUCGAGGCAUAAGAGUCUGGGCCAUUAGCUGUAUGAUUAAUGUGUAAAGUAAAUACCUGCAACUCCAUGAUUCAAGCUUAAACUAAGGAAGCCUCUUUGAUAAGCGAUGAUAAGAAGUCCUGUUGCACUUUUGGUUGUUUUUUCAUUUUCAUGUUGCCUGAAAGAACAAAUAUUCAAACUCCAAACAGUUAAAACUUUGACAUUGCUCUGCUUUAUUCAGACAAAUUAAGCUGUUAUCACGGUGCAGGGUUCAGAGCAUGAGCAUUUAGACAGUUGACACGUGAGUUUCCAUCCUCCAGAGUCAGAUAAAGCAUCGCAUAAAUAUCUGAAUGGCAAAAUGCUGUCUCUUAAGGUAAACCCUCAUCUGCAUGAAGACUGUGUUAAUGCUCCAUCUCUUAGUCUACCUUAAAAAGACAAGUGAGGUGCACUUUUGGAUUUGUCCUGCGAGCAGCAAAUUACACAUCACUCCUGGAAACAAAACAUCUGGACAACAAAAGGCUCGUAGGAGUUUAAAGUGAGACAGCUGUGAAGGAGCUCUGCAGACGGACUGAUCUCUUCAACAUGAAUCCUGCUCUGGUGGUGUUGGCGUCCUCACUGCUGGCCACAGUGGCAGCUCAGUCUCAGGACCAUUAUGACAUGGGCUGGGUCAAUGGCUACCGGCAGGGCUUCAACUUCCAGUGUCCCCACGGUGAGGUCCUGGUGGCUAUCAGGAGCUACUUCAGCGAGCAGGACGGCUCGGACCGACUGUGGACGUUUGAGUGUCAGCCCACACCUGAAGGUCUGGGGGAGCCCAGUGACUGUUGGUGGGACGACAUCAACCGGGCUGGGAUGGAGUGGACUUCAACAUGCACUCGAAAUGGCCUGGUAGCUGGUGUUCAGAGCAAGUACUUUGAGUCCGUUCUGGACCGUGAAUGGCAGUUCUACUGCUGUUACUACAAACGCCGCUGUCCCUACUCCUGCAUGAAAACCAGUGACAUCCCUGAACACUACAGAGAAGAGGGUGAGCUGGUUGUCCCCACUUAUGGCUACUUUAUCCGAGGUGCCCAGACCACCUUCAGUGGAGUGCUGAGAGAUCGGCAGUGGAAGUACAUCCUGUGCAGGAUGACAGACUUUGACUGUGAAUUUGAGAAUUUAUAGACCUGUAAGGAACAUUUUACUGAUGCAUAAAUACAUUUAAUACAUAUUCACUCUUUCAUAUAUGCAGAUAUGCAACACUGAUAUAAUACAUAACUGAUAUGGUUCAUGUUUUCACUCACUAUAGUCACUGUUUUUAUUAGUCUAGCAUGCAGAAUGGCUCACAUCAUAUAAAGGUAACAGUUAAACAAGCAUCUAUGUAGUGGAUCUACUGAGGAUUCGGGCAGUUUGGAUGGCUUUAAGUGUUUUCAUUUAGUUGAGAAGAACUGGAAGUCUAUUGGCAGCAAGUCAAAGUGGUUUUCCAAAACAAACUCAAUUAUUUGACACUGUGUUCAUAGUGGUGGAAAAACACAGUGUGUCAGGCUCUGCUCCAAGAUCUCUGAGCUUCAGUGAGCUGAUUGAUUGGGAUAUUCUCUUGGUAGUAGCACUUUGUGUUGGAACGCAUGAGAAACUCUUUGAGUCGUUGGAAAAACCAGCUUUGCAUGCAAUGAAAUGUGCCCCACCAGCUGACAUCACCUCCAUUCUUUAUUAUAGUGUCUUGUUCAGUUUGGCAAUUACAUACUGUAUGCCUACUCAUGUAACCGUAUUAUGUGAAAAUGGGAUUAAUAAAAUCAUUUAUUUAAUAUUAACAA